GUUAAUAUUUAAAUCUUGCCCCCCUCUACAUCUGUUUUAGCGUCUGCCCUGUUCCCGUCCUUGCCGUUUAUAGCUUAGCUACCUACCAACAACAUAUACAUAUCAAAACCAUCUUGCAGAUUUGGUUUGCAAGUUUUUGUUAUCUGAAACUUUUUCUUCUCGUUCAUUUCUGUAAAGAUACACCACCAAAUUAAGAUCCCAACCCAUCCUUAAUUCCUCUUUGUUUUGGGGUUGUAUCUCUAUCAUCAACAAAUGGUUCCGGCAAAGCGUGGCCACAGAUUCUUCAAGUUCAGAAUUCCAUCAGUGAUAUUUCCAUCUCAUGCAUAUCCCUAUCUUGCAUGGUAACAAUUUAAAUUCUUGAUUGAUUUUGCCUAUAUUAUCCUUGCUUCCCCAAAGAAUUUGCUUACCACCCUCAAGAAAAUUCCUUAAGUUAUUAAAGAGAGAGAUAUUUCACUCUUUUAAGAAAGACAUAUUGGCCUUUUCCUCCACCAAAAUCGUAUUCACUUGUCAAUUCCAAGUUUAUUUCUUUCUUUAAAAAAAAAAAAAAAAAACUUUUGGGUUUUGGUUUUCGCUCCAAAUGGUUGCCAAAAACUACGACUUCUCACGUGCGGUUGUGGAAAUGGCAUGGAUCAUGCUAAGGAUUGAUUACUCAAGACUCUUCUGGCUUCUCUUUGGUGUCUUCUCUUAUGAAAAUCAUGAAGGAAAGCCUCGGAUUUAGAGCUCUCCAUCUCUUUUAACCCAUAUAUAAUACACACAAAUAUUUUCUCUUUUUGUUUUCCAAUUUAUACCCAUCAGCCAGCAUAUAUAAAAAGUAGAGUUCGAAAAUUCGCAAGAUUUUUUUCCAAAAUAAAGCUUUUCGGCCAACUCCUAGGAGAAGCUGCAGGCUUUCCCAUAUAUACCCCUCAAAAACAUGUACAAAAAGAAAGUUGGGUUGCAUGAAACCGACGCCGACCAUGGCUAUGUUGAAACCGAUCCUACUGGCCGGUAUGGUCGGAUGUGAGAGAGAAGAUUGUGUUUCAUUUUUUGGACAGUUUGAAGAAGUUCUUGGGAAAGGGGCAAUGAAAACAGUCUAUAAGGCAAUUGAUGAAGUCCUCGGAAUGGAGGUGGCGUGGAACCAGGUAAAACUCAAUGUGGUGCUUGGCUCACCUGAGGACUUGCAGAGGCUAUACUCAGAGGUUCACCUUCUCAGCACCCUCAACCAUGACUCUAUCAUCCAAUUCUACACCUCUUGGAUUGAUGUUCAUCAAAAGACGUUCAACUUCAUCACUGAAAUGUUCACUUCAGGAACUCUGAGAGAAUACCGGAAAAAAUACAAACGAGUGGAUAUUCGAGCCAUUAAGAACUGGGCUCGUCAGAUCUUACAAGGCCUUGUGUAUCUACAUGGCCAUGAUCCUCCAGUAAUUCAUAGAGAUCUGAAAUGUGACAACAUCUUUGUCAACGGCCAUCUUGGACAGGUCAAAAUUGGUGAUCUUGGCCUUGCAGCAAUCCUUCGUGGCUCCAAAUCAGCACAUAGUGUCAUAGGCACCCCAGAGUUCAUGGCACCAGAAUUAUAUGAGGAGGAGUACAAUGAGCUUGUUGAUGUUUACUCAUUUGGCAUGUGUGUUUUAGAGAUGCUCACAUCUGAAUACCCUUAUAGUGAAUGUGUUAACCCAGCACAAAUUUACAAGAAAGUGACUUCGGGGAAGCUACCUGCUGCAUAUUAUGGGAUUAAGGACUUGGAAGCACAACAAUUUAUUGGAAAGUGCUUAGUAAAUGCAUCAAAGAGAUUAUCAGCAAAAGAGCUACUGCUUGAUCCAUUUCUCGCAUUUGAUGAAGCUGAACCAUCACCUGUUACAAGGUCUGGAAAUCAGAAGCCAUUUUUGAAUUGUAGAGAAAUGGAGAAGCUACAAUUGAGUGAUGAUCCACCAAGGACGGACAUGACUAUUACGGGGAAGCUCAACCCUGAAGAUGAUACCAUCUUUCUUAAAGUACAAAUUGCUAAUAAAGAUGGUUCGCUAAGGAAUAUAUAUUUUCCUUUUGACAUCUUACAUGAUACACCAAUGGAGGUUGCAAUGGAGAUGGUCAAGGAGCUGGACAUAGAUGAUUGGGAGCCAUUUGAAAUUGCUGAAAUGAUUGAUGGAGAGAUUUCAUCUCUAGUGCCAAACUGGAAGAAAUGGGACUUGCCUCAAAUUGAAGCUCAUCAUACAUUCAACUACCAAGAAGACGAUGCGACUAAUCAUCCUUUUGACUCUUCCUCGUCAUGUUCGUCAUCUCAAGCAUCCAUUUCAGGAUUAAUGACACAAUGUCUCCAAGAUGAUAUGUUUGAUGAUACCAGUUCUCAGAGCUCUUCACGCUCAGGAUCAUAUUCCAACUUGAAUUACAUUUCUGGUGACGAGCACAAGUUGGAUAUGAGCACAGCAAGAAGAGACCAUAAGCAUCUCACAAGGAUUCACAACUCAACAAGAUUUUGUCCUCAAGAUAAUUCGAGUUCUUCCAUUGGGCAGGCAAUUGCUAAAGAUGCCUAUAAACAGUGUAAACUUUUGCUGGAUUCACAGUAUGGAGCUUCUAGCUCUAAACACAAAAGGGUAAUGGACAGCCGUAGAUUAACAAGGAACCGGUCACUUGUAGACAUUCGUAGCCAGUUACUUCACCGGUCAUUGGUGGAAGAAGUGAACAAGAGACGAUUGUUCAAGACCGUGGGAUCUGUUGAAAAUGUUGGUUUCCAGACACCUCGGGAUUCUAAAAAAGUAUCACAGCGGAAUUUGAGCAGAAGAAUAUAAAAAUGAGGUCUUAUGCAUGAACUUUUCUCUGAAGAGGAGAUAAAAGGAAAAUGCCUGAACAGCGAGCUCAACUAGCUCUUAUGAGGUGAGGAUACUUAUUAGAAUGAGGAAGGAUGGGAAGUCAUCCAUGUCAUAUGGCAUCAAGAAUUCAAUUAGGAGACAGGUAGAGUUUCAUGCUAUCCAAUGUAAAUAUGCAUUUCUUUUAUGAAGUGUGCUGUGUAAAACUAUAGCUUCUUUAAAAUAGUUAUGUUUAUGUAUGUAAUAAAAAAUAAACUUUGAAUCCUUUCACUA